AUGAAGGAGGCAAACCAGACAGCUGUGACAGAAAACGUCCUGCUGGGGCUACACAAGCACUGUAACCUGGAGGUGCUCCUGUCUGUGUUCUGCCUGGGCAUCUACUCCAUGAAUGUGUUGGGGAAUGCCUUCCCCAUAGGGCUGAAUGUGCUGCACCCUCACCUGCACAACCCCAUGUACUUCUUUCUCAGCAACCUCUCCCUCAUGGACAUCUGCGGCACCUCGUCCUUUGUGCCUCUCAUGCUAGUCAACUUCCUAGAAGCCCAGAGGACCAUCUCCUUCCCUGGCUGUGCCCUGCAGCUGUACCUUAACCUGGCGCUGGGAUCAACGGAGUGCCUGCUGCUAGCUGUGACGGCAUAUGACUGUUAUGUGGCUAUCUGCCAGCCGCUUAGGUACCCAGAGCUCAUGAGGGGGCAGACCUGCAUGCGGAUGGCAGUGCUGAGCUGGGGGACAGGCUUUGCCAACUCACUGCUACACUCCAUCCUUGUCUGGCGCCUCCCCUUCUGUGGCCACAAUGUCAUCAACCACUUCUUCUGUGAGAUCUUGGCAGUGCUAAAACUGGCCUGUGGGGACAUCUCCCUCAAUGAGCUGGCAUUAAUGGUGGCCACAGCUGUCCUGACACUGGCCCCCCUCUUGCUCAUCUGCCUGUCUUACCUUUUCAUCCUGGCCAUCAUCCUUAGGGUACCCUCUGCCACAGGCCGGCACAAAGCCUUCUCCACCUGCUCAGCCCACCUCACAUUGGUGGUGGUUUUUCAUGGGACAGUCUCGUUCAUGUACUUCAAACCCAAGGCCAAGGACCCCAUCAUGAGUAAGAUUGUCGCAUUGUUCUAUGGGGUUGUGACGCCCUCACUGAACCCCAUCAUCUACAGCCUGAGGAACGCAGAGGUGAAAGCUGCUGUCCUAGCUCUGCUGAGAGGAGGUCUGCUCUCCAGGAAAGCAUCCCACUGCUACUGCUGCCAUCUGCCCCUGUCAGCCGGCAUAGGCUAG